AUGGCCCAGUACCCGCUUGACAUGGGCAAAGCUGGAAAGACCCACCAGCAGGUUGUGGCGCUUACCACGGACUCCGAUGGGAAGAUCGCAUGGGAUGCUGUCAUCAAACAUAGGUCAGACAAACUGGCUGUUUGGACCCGGCCGGAGCACUCAAGAGAGAAGUGGUCCAAGCCAGAGGAGCUUGAGAGACCAUCCCUGGAGUUAGACAUCCUGAACACCGAGCGAACGCAGAAGGCGCUGGAGAUGGCCCUGAACGGCAAGAUCCAAGCUGGUGUGCCAAAGAAGCAAGAGCAGAAGGAAGCUGAGUUUAUUCGAUACACGCCGAAUCCCAAUGCGCCUGGCUACACUCCCAACUGCCGGGAGCGUGUCAUCAAGUUGGUGGAAAGGCAGAUCGACCCAUUCCAGCCGCCGAAGUUCAAGCACAAGAAGGUGCCGAGAGGACCUCCAUCGCCGCCGCCGCCAGUGCACCACUCUCCUCCCAAGAAGCUGACGGCCAAGGACCAGAAGGAUUGGAAGAUCCCGCCGUGCAUCUCCAAUUGGAAGAACGCAAAGGGAUACACCAUCCCGCUGGACAAGCGAUUAUCCGCGGAUGGGAGAAGUUUGCAGGACGUGGCAGUGAACGACAAGUUUGCCGCGAUCAGCGAGGAUUUGUACUUGGCCGAGCGUAAAGCUCGAGAAGAAAUCAAGAUCAGAAAUGACUUGAUGCGACAGAAGAAGGUUCGGGAGGAGGAGAUCAGAGAGCAGCAGCUGCGAGACUUGGCAGCCCAGGCAAGGGUGCAGCGCGCGGAACUCGCAGCAGCGCCUACCAAAGAUGGGGAGGAGGGUAAGGAGGCUGAAGACAGACGGCAGCGCAUGGAGGUCCUGAAGGAGCGACAGCGGGAGAUAGAGCGAGACCAACGUUUGGAACUGGCAGGCAUGGCUGGAUAG